AUGUAUUGGGGAAAACCAAAAAAUAACGAGGCAAGACUUGCACACAUUUGCAAGUCCACUCCUAUCAUUGAUACUCAUAAUGAUUUGCCUUAUCUUUUACGGUUGCAACUUCAUAAUGAGUUUCAAGAUGAGUUCAAAUUCAAGUUUAACGACACCCUAACUUCAAACACCGAUAUUCCGCGGCUCAAGAAGGGCAAGAUAGGUGUGCAGUUUCUCAGUUGUUACAUAGAAUGCAAGGAAUCUGACCACCUUUAUCAGGACUUUAACAAGCCGAAUAGUGCCGUUAGAGAUACCAUGGAACAAAUCGAUGUCACGAAAAGACUAACUCAAGCGUACCCUUCUGAUCUUGCACUCGUCCAUAGCGCCGAGGAAGCCAUCAAGCAGUACAAAUGUGGGAAAAUAGCAAUUGCAUUGGGAGUUGAAGGGCUUCAUCAAGUGGAUUCUUCGUUGGCAGUUUUGCGAAUGUACCACGAAUUGGGUGUACGUUAUAUCACUUUGACCCAUAAUUGUGACAAUCCUUUUGCCACGGCCGCUUCUUCGGUUGUAGGAGGUUUACCGGACAAAGGAUUGUCUUCUUUCGGUAAAGAUUGCAUCUUGGAAAUGAACAGAUUGGGUAUCAUGGUCGAUUUGUCCCAUGUCAGUUUGCGGACCAUGUACGAUGCUCUCGAGGUCACCAAAGCACCGGUGAUGUUUUCCCAUUCAUCAGCUUUUGCAUUGACCAACAAUGAAAGAAACGUCAGAGAUGAUGUGCUUUUGAAAGUUAAAGAAAAUGGUGGUGUGGUUUGUGUCAAUUUUUUCCCAAUGUUUCUCGUUCAAAAAGGCAGACUGGUGGACGAGGUUACCAUUGAAGACGCAGUGGAUCACGUUAUGCAUAUUGUCAACUUAAUUGGCUGGGAUCAUGUUGGGUUCGGUUCGGACUUUGACGGUAUUCCCUGUGGUCCCCAAGGCUUAGAAGAUGUCUCCAAGUAUCCUGAUUUGGUCUACAAACUAAUGGAAAGGUCACAGGCCACCGACGACGAUAUAGCCAAAGUUAUGGGAGGAAAUGUCAUGAGAGUGUGGAGAGAAGCAGAGAGAGUUUCUCAACAGAGUAAAGACAUAGCUCCAGUGGAAACCAAUUGGGAGAAAAGGGAGUGGAAAUUUUUCAAAUAUUUGACAGAAUUGCCAGAAUUGUUUCCUGGCGCUUACAAUGCCAAGAACAAUGUGUAUGACGACUCGCAGUCGUUGGUGUUGACCAAUAGUGAAGAAGCGCUGAGCACUAAUGCUGAGAAUUGA